ACCUUCAAGAUGUAAUUGACUUCGACAUUUAUGAAGCAAACAAUUCCUCUUACAGUUGGUGUAAUUCCCAUCCCUGGCCCGCAGUCCGCACAAUCGAUAACAACGAAGCUACACGUCUGUAGCAUAACAGACUUACACAACACUAUGCAAAACGAACCACAAAUCGAAAACGUCAAGCAAUCGGAACUUCUAACAGAUGAACAACGUAAGCAGCUGUGACGAUAAGUAAAUAUCGGGCCCCGGUUCCGGACCCAGCGUACCCGCCCAACCAUGAGACGAUCACCUAUUCGUCGCCCACUUUUGGCCAUUAGAUGGUCACCCUGUGCCGGCUGUUAUGCCAACUCUCCCCAUCAAAGAAAAUUUAGCCGGACAUUUCUCUCUUCAGAUACGGUUUAUAAUUGGUUGCAUUUCUUAUCGUUAUUUACAUUUAAUCUUAUUUCUUAUUUCCCUGCUGGUUAUCUUCAAGCUGCUAUUGAUAAUUUCGAACCCGCGAACAUUUCCGGCAUUUUAAACCAGGUGCAUACGAUAAAUUGGUUUAUUCUUAUAUUUAGAGCAAUGGAUAUUAGCACCUGGGUCCGGAACCGGGGCCCGAUCUGGAAGAGUAAAGUGGAUUAAUAGUGUUUUUGUUAGUUUAUAUCAACAUCCAUCUUUGUUGCUUACAUUUACUUAUCGUCACAGCUGUUUACGUUGUUCAUCUGUUAGAAGUUCCGAUUGUUUGACGUUAUCGAUUUGUGGUUCGUUUUGCAUAGUGUUGUGUAAGUCUGUUUUGCUACAGACGUGUAGCUUCGUUGUUAUCAAUUGUGCGGACUACGGGCUAGGGAUGGGACUACACCCAGAGAAACCGAUGAGCCAGCCGGCGCGGCCCACCGAGAAACAAGCAGUUCCGUAACAAUAUGGCGCCCAAAAUUUGAAAAGGUACGCGGCUUCUUUGAAGUCGGUGCGUACAUUAAAAAUAAAAAUAAUAAGAUACUUAUGAAGGUACAGGGAAAAGGACUCCCUUGGUCUUAGGAUCCCCAUCGCUAAAGUCUUAUAUGGCACGAGUUGGUGGUCCAUAAUCGCGCAGCGGGUCGUGGAAUCCCAGAAGCACGACAGAGGUAGAGAUUAUCAGAAUAUCCAUGAGCAUGAGAUGUUUUUCUUGUAGUGGUUGAUGGCGAUAAGUCACGUUCGCAUGUUUGCGAAACGUUCGUGACCGUUCAUCAUGCUCCUGGUGGUAGCCGCAAUGACAAAGGCAUCUCGUGAUAAAAGUGUGAUAUAAGGGUAGGGUCUGUUAGAGUUUGCUUAUUGUGUACUAUUUGUUUUGUCUCACUCUGGGUAUACGUUUGGAGUAUGCUGGCCGUGGUUAUAUGAGCUUCGGAGCCAGGUGACCCAGGACGAUGUAGAAUCGAGCCUGCACCGCAACUGUCACACAGCAUGUCCUGGAGGUGUCCAGAAGUGCGACAUAAACAUAAUGGCCUUCAAGGUAGCGUUCCUUGAAUUCAGUUCUUCAGUUAAACUGACGAACUGAGCAUUUGACGAACGCUUAAAUGCUGUCCACUGUCCAGUGCGUAGAUAGGUUAGCCUUUGCGAAUCCAUCCGUGAGGAGAUGCGAACAGGAUUCAUGCAGAUGAUGAAGGGCAUCAUGGAUGUUCUGAGGCCACCAGGGAGCCACGCCGAAGAGGAUAACGCUGCACCGAAGCAUUCGCGACCUGUCGUGCCGGGACCGCGAACAGGCGCCAUUCCGGAAGAACGAGAAGGGGUACAGCGCGAUCCAUUUCCACCACCGGUGCCACCGAAGCCACACAGACAGGGCGCGCGAGGAGCGGAGUACUCAUCCAGCAGCCCAGUAUAUGUUGCCGAGGCUCAUGCGAGGAACUGGCGGAAUCCGAAUAAUCGCCAUUUCCGAGUGGAUGACCGGAGAGCGGAUGACUUUCAGCCAGAGGAAGCGUAUGCCAACGUGCGAGAAGCAGCGUACCUGAAGCUCGAGCCGUGGAACGUCAAGUUCGAUGGCGAGGACGCCAUGAAUUCUGUGGAGCACUUCGUGUUUCGGCUGGAGUUCCUGCAGAGGCAACAUCAAUGCCCUUGGAAGGAGGUCCUGCGCGGUUUUCACCUUCUCCUGACCGGCCAUGCCCGCGAGUGGUAUUGGAUGCACGUGCGGCAUUCUAGGGUCGAUAGCUGGAUGCAACUGCGGCGCGCUCUUUUAGACCGGCUCCGGGGAUAUCAGACGGAGCACGACGUGAUGAAGGAGCUACUACAGCGAGAGCAACAGACCAGCGAAGGGGUGGACGACUAUAUUCGACGCUGAGAGACCGCGAACUGGUAAAUAUUAUAAAGCGUUGCUUGAAGGAGGGUCUGGCAAAAUACAUCUAUGCAAUGGAUGUACUAACCGUGGACGAGUUGCGCCAAGAAUGCAUAGAAGGGGAAAGGCACAUUGGUCGCAAAAGCCGGACCGUGUACGUGCAGCCGUCGCGUUACUCACAAGGAUCGAGGUCCACCGUUCACGAAGUUGAAGUACCACCACAUCGGGCGGAAACAUCGCCUAGAGAACUGGAGGAGGCAUUCGUACGAGGCAGGGCAUCAUCUCGGCUAGUUUGCUGGAACUGUAGACAGUUCGAUCAUGCCUUUAGGGACUGCCUCUCUAACGAUCGGAAGAUUUUCUGCUACAGAUGCGGAAAGCCGGACACAUUCUGUGCACAAUGCGAAAAUUGAACGGGAAACACAAGAAGGAGCGCGCUGAUGGCGGGACAGACGCGUUCAGGGACGGCGACCGCGGAAAAACAAGAGAGGAACACCUACCAAAACCAAUAACAGUUGUAGAGGAGAAGAAUAUAGACCAUAAGGAACAGUAUAAGGUUAUAUAUAAGGAUAAAAAUGAAGGAAAACCAUUAAAAUGCUUACCAUAUGAAGAACGUGUCCGGACAUACAUGUCGGCUCGGAAUAGAAUUUUUGGUGAGCGACAGCUGGAGGGGAUGAUAUUUGCCACUAGAAGAGUGCUCACGGCUCGGGCGCGCUUCCUCAGGCGCAAGAGGACGAGGCGCCAGGUCAUCGAAGCUGUGAAACGGAAGAAUAGCCAAGAACCGUGCGAAUUCGCUGAAGUGGAGGUCGCGUGGAUCAAAAUGAAAGGGUUGUUAGACACCGGAGCCUGGAUUAGCCUGCUGGGAAAAGAAUUAGUAGAAGUCGAGAAUUAGUAGAAG